AUGAGUUAUACUAGCGACGUUUACUCAAGCAGUUCCUACAGGAAGAUUUUUGGGGAUGCUCCUCGUCAAUCCGGACGAAUGAUGCUGAGCAGUAGUCCAUCUCGUCUGUCGGCCAGUUACCGCACUCAUCGCAGUUAUGGCUCUCCGGCUCUGGUCUCUUCUGGCUACCGCAGCAAAGUUGGCGCCGGCCGGAGUACCUUCUCGUCCAUGCCAGACACCGUCGACCUGACGCAGUCCACGGCCAUCACCAACGAAAUGAAAAUAAUCCGUACUAACGAGAAAGAGCAGCUUCAAGGAUUGAACGACCGUUUCGUCACCUUCAUCGAGAAGGUCCACAACCUCGAGCAACAGAACAAAGUCUUGGAGGCGGAGGUGACCCUGCUGCGCCAGCGCCACAAUGAGCCCUCCAAAUUGCAUGACCUCUAUGAACAGGAGAUCCGCGAGCUGCGCUCGCGCGUCGAGGAGCUUACGCACGAGAAGAGCCAGGCGCAGCUGGACUGCGUGCAGAUGAACGAGACGCUCGAGCGCGUUAAGGAGAAGUUGGACGAGGAGACCAGGCUUCGUGAAGAGGUGGAAAACACCCUUAAAGGCUAUCGUAAAGAUGUGGACGACGCCACGUUGUCCCGACUGGAACUGGAAAAGAAAGUUGAGUCCCUCCUGGAUGAGAUCGCCUUCCUCAGGAAAGUGCACGAAGAGGAGCUGCAGGAACUGCAGGCAUCCCUACAAGCCACUCAGGUGUCUGUUGAAAUGGAUAUGAGUAAACCGGACUUGGCUGUGGCUCUGAAAGACAUUAGGGCUCAGUAUGAGGCCCUGUCUGCCAAGAACCAGCAACAGGCGGAAGAGUGGUAUCGUUCCAAGUUUGCCAGUGUUACCGAAGCUGCGGCCCGAAACAACGAUGCCAUGAAACAGACGAAAGAAGAGCUUAGCGAGUAUCGUAGGCAGGUUCAAGCUCGCACCCUAGAGAUUGAGGCUCUCAAGAGCCACAAUGAGGCCCUGGAGAGACAGUUGGCCGAAAUGGAGGAUCGCCAUAGCAAUGAGAUUGUGGAGCUGCAGGAAACUAUCCAACAGCUGGAGUCUGCUCUGCGUAACACUAAGGGUGAGAUGUCUCGCCACCUGCGCGAGUAUCAGGAUCUGCUGAACGUCAAGAUGGCAUUGGACAUUGAGAUUGCUGCCUACAGGAAGCUUUUGGAAGGCGAGGAGUGCCGUCUGAGUACUGUGGGCGGGGCUAUUCUGCAGUCCACAUACUCUGGGGCAUUCUAUUCAUCAAGCCGUUCCUAUGCUCUGAGUGCCGCCAGGAAGGGCAGGGGCAAGGCAGACACUGAGGAGGAACAAGAAGAAGAGGAGGAAGAGAAGGAGGAGGAAGGAGAGGAGGAGGAGGGAGGAGAGGAAGAGGAGGCAGAGGGAGAAGAGGAGGAGGGAGAAGAGGAGGAGGAGGAGGAGGGAGAGGGAGAAGAAGGAGAGGAAGGAGAAGAGGGAGAGGAUGAAGAAGAGGAACAGGGAGAUGAGAAAGAGAAGGAGAAAGAAAAGGUGAAAGAGAAGGAAAAAGAAAAGGAAAAAGAGAAGGAGAAGGAGCAAGAGAAGGACAAGAAGAAGGGAGAGAAGGAGGAGGAG